AUGGAGUCCAACAAGGGCGGACUCAAGGGAUUCUGGAAGCGGCGCGGCUACAAUCGGGUCGGAGGAGGCGGUGCUUCCCGCCGCCGUCGCCUCGCCAUCGCGGUGCUCGGCGGAGGGAAAGAAGGAGACCCCAGUCGUAGCAGCUGCCGCCGCCGCCGCUUCUGGCGGAUCAAGAUUUCCCCUCGUCUCGUCUUGCUGCGCCUCCGACGGGCGGCCUCCCCCCGCCGCAUCCUCGCUCGGAUCCGCGACGCCUACGUGCAGAUGAUGUUCGCGCUCUCCCGCGCGGUCCCCGCCGGCGUCUCCUACGGCGGGGAUGCGUGGGGGAUGGGCUUCGCGGUACCGAUGGUGAAGGAGUACGAUGAGAAGGUGCUCGUCGAGAUCUACAAGUCGCUCAUCGCCAGCUCGGCGCCCACCGCCGCUACUGCCCUCGCGAUCCACCGGUAG